GGGCGAGCGGCGUGAGGUUAUCAGAGAGCGACGCCGGCGCUGCGGCCAGAGACGGCGCCUCUUUGACGUCAGCACCGCCCGACUGCUUUUCCGGGAGACAGGAGUAGAAGGCCAGUGAGUUGGUCAUAAUGGCAGGUGAAGAAAUUAAUGAAGACUAUCCAGUAGAAAUUCAUGAGUAUUUAUCAACAUUUGAGAAUUCCAUUGGUGCUGUGGAUGAGAUGCUGAAGACCAUGAUGUCUGUUUCUAGAAAUGAGUUGUUGCAGAAGUUGGACCCCCUUGAACAAGCCAAAGUGGAUUUAGUUUCUGCUUACACAUUAAAUUCAAUGUUUUGGGUUUAUUUGGCGACUCAGGGAGUUAAUCCUAAGGAACAUCCAGUAAAGCAGGAAUUGGAAAGAAUCAGAGUAUACAUGAACAGAGUCAAGGAAAUAACAGACAAGAAAAAGGCUGCCAAGCUGGACAGAGGUGCAGCUUCAAGAUUUGUGAAAAAUGCCCUUUGGGAACCAAAACCUAAAAAUGCAUCCAAAGUUGCCAAUAAAGGAAAAAGUAAAAAUUAACCCUUUGGUUUUGAUGUACAUAUAUUGAAAAAGUACAUCAUUUUUUAUUGUUUUCCACAAAAUAGAUGAUUAUGUGGCAAUUCAAGGUUUAAAUGUAUUUGUUAUUGAAUUCAUAUAUAAAAUUUACAUUUUAAAUUUAUAAUGCUAAAUAUUCUUUUCCCUAGAAAGAUUAAGUUAAUCUUUAUUGAUUUUCCUAUAGAACACAAUGAGGUUUUUAACACUGUGAUAUAUUUUAUAUUUAUAGUUUAAUCAUCUCUCUUGAAAAGACUCUUAUUUCCUUGUAUAGGUCAAUUUUUCAAGUUUUACAAGCAACUUUGAAAUUUAAGUUAAAUGUUCUUUGUAAACAUUUGUCUAUUUUAAAUGAAUAAUGACUUUAUGAAGUAUGCUAUCUGAAGGCUGAAGUUAUAAAUACAUCUGUUUUCCCUGUUAAUAUUAAGAAAGAAUGAAAUGAUUUAAAUGUCCUUUUUUUUUUUUUCUAUGUAGCUACUUCAUCAUGUUUUCAUGGUUCUGGGAAUUAUUGCUUUUUUUGAUAUUUGAAGUGUGAAAUUAAGACUUUGAGGUUAUAUUUUAAUUCUUGGCAAUUUGCCUCUUUGUUCCAUUUAAGGUAAAAUAUAUUCUCAUUAGCUUUAGAUGGGAAAUGAGGCUGUCUAUUGAUGGCUCAAUUUUGGCAUAAUGGGUAUACCUUAUCAAUAAAAGCUGUAAAGGUUGUAUAGCUGACUGUUUAUUUUUCUCUUUUGUAUAAUUUUGCCCCUGAAAUUAGGGAGGUAGGUUUUAGAAAUAAUUAAGAAUAGAGAAACUCAUGAGUUCUUGUUGCCUAUGCAUUGUGCCCGUAGAUCUCUUGGUCUCACUUUUUAGAUUUUUUUGAUUACAUGUUUUCGAGGUGAUACUGAGUACAUACAACUAUUUUGGAACAACUUUCUAUGUUUAUAUAAUACCACAGUUAAGGAGAGGACAAGUCCAAAGGAGAUUAUAUUGUGUUUAUAUUCUGAUUUAUUUUUCCAGAAUAUUUGUUACAGAGAAUUCUACAUGCUAAAAAUUUUUUUAAUCUCUCAGUCCUUGAAUUUUAAUUAUAUGCUUUUAAUGCUUUCAGUCUGUGAAUCCACAUCAUUAUGUAAAGGAAUGCCAAGUACAGUAAAGUACUUUAAUUUUUGAAAAAGAAGUUGUUAAAAUUUUCUGUGUGAUUAAUUCUCCAUAAGUAACCUUGAAUAAAUGGAUUUCUUGAUUUAUGGUAGAAGAUAUUGGAAAUGGUCUUAAAAUGUAAUGGGUUUUGUAAAGCAUGUUGAACUCUUUCUAUGGCACAUGAAGAGGAAGUCACUGAUAGAUGCAGAGAGUCUUCAGGCUCAGAUGUCAGACAGUUUUUGAAGUGGAAGUACAUGUAUAGUUGCUUCAUUCCUUUUUUCAUCCUCAUCCUCUCAAAUUUCUAGUUUUUUGAAAAAGUAACUUCACGAGAGAAAUAAAUAUUAUUAUGAGCAAGUGUAGUGUGCAUGCGUUAUUUAUUACAAGGAAACUUACAACUUGCAUUUUCUGUAUAUUUCUAAUUUCAUAAAGAAAAAAAUGAAAAAUGUCAUUCAGUUGCAGAAAAUCAUUGGACAAGUUAUUGGUUUGUGAAAAUCCAACUCUAAAUUCUGUUAAAUUGGAGUUUCUUAGUAAAUAAUUUGUUCAGUGUUUUAUUAGGAAAAGUAGUAGAACUAAAAUGUUAGUUGAGUGUAUUGCCUUUUAUAAUGUAGAAUUUGAAAUACUCAUUACGUGGC